AUGGGUAUAGCUGAUCUAUGGCCUGUCGUGAGUCCAGCAUGCGAUCCUAGGGUGCCAUUCCCCAUAUUCUUGUCCAAAUUUAUAGAUGAUCAUGGCAGACCGCCCCGAUUUGCCAUCGACGCUUACAUGUUCAUGUUCUACUCACAGCUACCAGAUGCCAAUCCAGAGGAUCAAGUGAUUCAGGAAAGAGUGAUUCGUAACUUCAUGGCGAAGCUAUUCUAUUUUGUUCAGCACAAUGUCUCGUUUGUCGUUGUGUUUGAUGGCAAAUUCAAGCCCAGCAAGCUACGGCACGGCCACAUCCCCCAAAUACCUGGGUCAGUGAACUACGAUGAGAUCCUACAUCAUUUUCAUAGGGUGCACUCUUCCAAUUACAGCGAAGGGCUGCUGCUUGUGGAGAGACUAAAAAAAAUUCUACAGAGAAAUUGCAUGGAUAUUGUUCAGGCACCUGGAGAAGCUGAGGCCGAAUGUGCGUGGCUACAGAAGCUUGGUGUAGUGGACUACGUAAUCUCGGACGACUCAGAUACACUUGUUUUCGGAGCUACUAAGAUGAUUCGUCUUUUCAAUCGUGUUAAGUAUAUGAAUGAGGAGGGUAAGCCCGUCUUGAGUAACACAGACUAUUAUGUGACUCCCGUGUACAUGGAUAAGGUGACAGAGGUUACAGGCUUAGACAAGAACAGGAUGGUAUUACUUGCAGUUCUUCGAGGCGGUGACUACUCUACUGGUGCUGAAGGUAUAGGAAUUACUCGUGCCAAAGAAAUAGCUUUGUGUGGCACGAACUUACUAUCUAGUCUCCCUAGAAAAUCAACGCAGGACUUUGGUUCUCUUCCGGACUUUUCCAAGAUGUUUGUCGAGACUUUUGUUGAUCAAGAGAAGGCGCAAGCUCUAUCGUUGCAGAAUCACAAGUCACUCAAACUGGAGCUUGAUCGUGCUGACAGUUUGAGAGCAUUCAACAAAUACUUGGACUCAUUUUUGAGAGAACAACAUAAGGAUGUGUUUGGUCGUCUGACCACAAUGAAGAGUGAGGUCAAGGUGGACGAUUACUAUGCGUUACUUUACUUUUUUCCUCUAGUGAACAGAAAAGUCUUCAAGUUCACUCCGUUUUCGACAAGUUUUGGAGAGCUUAAAGCAAUUGAUGAUGAUAUGCCUGGACUCACUCCCAAUGACUCCACUCAAACUGUCAAAAGAUACAACUACGUUUGUGAUCCCGGAGAUAUUGGGGAACUGAUAGUGAAGCAAGGAAAGUUCAUAUUUGUUGGAAAGGGCAGAGGAGUCACGUUGAAGGUGAACGAGUAUGCUCUUCCACGAGAGAGGAAGUUCAAUCUCAAGUCCUUCGCACUUAAACUUCUUAAAUCUUCGAAGGUGAGGUCGGAAAUUAUCCUUGCGAGAUCAAGGAUUGUUGAUGGUGAACAUUUAGGUGUCUUGAAAUUCCAGAGAACUAGACUACACGACAAGGUGUACUUGGUGACGAAGAAUAGCAUACACGAUACAGCUUCCCCGAGCGACAUCAAUGGCGAUGCAAUAGGUGACGAUCAAGACAAUCAGGAUCCCGAUGCUCUCAUCCAACAAGUCGACAAUGAUGACGAAGAUAAAUUGAUUGAAGUUUUAGUUACCAUGAACUCUAUACGCUUGGUAGCCCCUGACGUCGUCAAGGAAUUUGAAAGGAGACAAUUGAUCGAGCAGCGACGAAAAUCUCCAAGUAAAAAGAAAUACUCGCCGCAGAAGACGACUCUUGAUCGAAUUUGGCCAGAGCUAUCACCAACAAAGAAUAGACCUCAAUCGGUCAAGGUAAUCAACGUUGAUGACGACACGGUGGAACAUGAAAGUCCAAUUAAAACGAAGUCAACGUCUUCUCCCUACAAAAAGAGAUCACCAAGGAAACAGACUUUAAGUGAAAAAUAUGAAAUCAAUCCAAAUCAAGUUCCUGUUACAGCAUUUUUCCAGCAGAGGAAGGACCCCUUUGUUGAAACACGGUCACUUUUUGUCACAGAUGAUGACAGUGGGAGUGAUAAUGAUGCCAAGAUUGAGAAGAACUACAUGAAAAUGAAAAACAUCAUUGCAGAUGGUCCCAAAUUGGCCGAGGGCACCGCUGUAAAAGCACCCGUUGAGUCGCGGCUCAGUUCACCAGAGCUGAGUCCAUCAAAGAAAUCACGCAUGAAUCUUUCCCCGGAUACUUCACCGAUGAAAGCAAAAAAAAUACCAACGAAAAAGGAUCCCUUCCUCUAA